GGACGCCGUCGGCCGACGUCGGUCUCCCGUCGCCACAACCAAAGCUUCAGACCGCCCUGCUCAUCUCGCACGGCCACUUUCUCACUCCAAUUCUCUCUCUCUCUCUCUCGCCGCAACCGCCAUGACGACCGCCAUGGGUCCUCCGCCUCCGAGGGCCUCUCAGCUCGAGCCCGACCCGCCCGCCGAACCGGAAGCUCCCGAAACUCUCCCGGAAGAAGAAGAAGAAGCAGCAGCAGCAGCCGCAGCCGCGGCCUCGACGAUCUCCUCCGCCUCGGUCGCUCCGAUGGCUCCGCCUCCUCCGCGAAACCUUAUACCCUCCUCCGCCGCCAGCGACGACCCCGACGCCGACGCCUCGAAUCCUGACGACGGCUCCGCGCCCGAGAGCCGCGCGGCGAAACGUCCGGGCGCCGCGGUGCCUUACGCGAUCCCUCCGUGGAGCGAGCCACCUCGGCACCAGUUUUCCCUAGAAGUGCUCAAGGACGGCGCGAUUAUCGAUCAGCUCAGCGUGCACGAGAAGGGGGCGUACAUGUUUGGACGGGUAGAUCUGUGCGAUUUCGUGCUUGAGCACCCCACCGUAUCUCGAUUCCAUGCUGUUCUGCAAUUCAAUGGGGAAGGAGAUGCGUAUAUAUUUGACAUUGGGAGUACUCACGGGACCUUCGUGAACAAGAACCAGGUCAAGAAAAAAGUAUACGUGGACUUGCACGUUGGUGAUGUUAUUCGAUUUGGCCAAUCUUCACGGCUGUACAUAUUCCAAGGUCCAAGCGACUUGAUGCCACCAGAGGCUGACGUGAAAGUUAUUAGAGAUGUGAAAAUGCGAGAAGAUAUGCAAGACAGGGAAGCAUCUCUUCGACGGGCAAAGGAGGAAGUGUAUAUUGCGGAUGGUAUCUCCUGGGGCAUGGGAGAGGAUGCUGUUGAAGAAGAGGAGGAUGAUACAGAGGAAGUGACUUGGCAAACUUACAAAGGGCAGCUCACGGAGAAGCAGGAAAAAACCCGUGAAAAAGUGUUGAAACGAACUCAAAAGAUUGCUCACAUGAAGAAAGAAAUAGAUGCUAUUCGUGCUAAAGACAUCUCUCAAGGCGGACUAACACAAGGACAACAAACUCAAAUUGCUCGUAAUGAACAGAGAAUUACUCAGAUCUUGGAAGAACUUGAAAGCUUAGAAGAGACCCUGAAUGAUAGCAUACGAGAGAGUUUAGGCGCUCGUACAGGAAAGUUAUCCCACGGCACAAACAAAGGAACAACUGAAGACGAAGACGAAUAUUUGAGUGAUGACGAUGAAUACUAUGACCGAUCAAAGAAAAAAGCAAAUGUCCCUAAGACUGCUCAAAGCCAAGCCAUAGAAACUGCAGACACUCUUCUUGACAAGAGGGAUGCAAUCAGGAAACAAAUAGAAGAGAAGAAAGAGCUGCUUCUGAAUGAGAAGAAGAAAAUAGAAUCAGAUACUGCAGCAGAAACUGAAGCUGGAGAUGCACUUGAUGCUUACAUGUCUGGGCUUUCAUCUCAGCUUAUCCUUGACAAAACUACGCAUAUCGAAAAGGAAAUAUCCUCGCUUCAGUCUGAGUUGGAUCGGAUAGUCUAUCUCUUGAAGUUUGCUGAUCCAACAGGAGAAGCUAGUAAAAGAAGAGAUUUGAAAGUGGAAGAACCAAAAUCUAUUGCUUCUGAUAAUCCUUUGGCCCCUAUUGAGAAGCAUAUUUCGUCAGAAGCAAAAGAAAAAAAUAAGCAGGGGAAGUCAGCUAAUGGCGCCAGAUCUGAACGAACUAUCAAUCAAAAUGCCAAAACAAGCAAAAAGCUGGAAGAUGUGAAGACCCUCGAGGAUAAGGCGGAGGAAAAAGCUGUUCCAUAUACUGUUGUAAAGCCUCAGUGGCUUGGUGCCAUAGAUGAUAUUCAAGAAAGAGAAACGCACAAGGAGCCAGAAAUUUCAGAUAUCCCUGAUUCUGAUCAAUUUGUUGGUUACAAAGACAGGAGCAAAAUUUUGGCUGGUGAUGAUUCACACGCAAGGUCCACUUCAGGGAUUGAAAGUGCAUGCGGUCUCAUUAUUAGGAAGCGGAAACCUGAAGGCAGUGAAGACAAACCCAAUGAUCAUUCUAGCUCUUCUGCUAGAGGAUCUGAACUUGCGGUAGAGGAUGCUGUGGCAUUGUUACUGAAACAUAAAAAAGGGCAUUAUUCAUUGGACGGUGAAGGAAAUGAAGAUAUGUCUAGCGGACAACCGUCCAGCAAUGAUGUGAAAAAGCCUAAACGAGUUCUUGGUCCCGAGAAGCCGUCUUUUCUCAAUGCUAGCUCGGAUUAUGAAUCAUGGGUGCCUCCUGAAGGACAAUCAGGUGAUGGACGGACCUCAUUGAAUGAUCGUUACGGUUACUGAGAUAUACAGCUUUUGGUUGCCCUGUCUGGAACUUAUGUUGGAAGCACAGCUUACCUUUAUAUGCUUGGAGACGCAUUUAGGAUUCAUAAGGAUCUCGCGAUAGCAUUGGCUAAAUUUUGAAUAUCAUCAUGGCUGUGCAGUUACUAACUAAAAGGGGUCAUAAACUCAACCUGCCGAUGGAAAAUGAGAAUUGUGGUGCUUAUUUAUGGUUGUAAAAUGGAUGAAGAGUUGCCCCCUGCCUUUGCAUGAUGCUUUCUACUCCAAGAAAUAGCGACGUGUACUGGUGCAGGCAGGUUGAUGGUACAAAGACAUGACAGCUGAUAGUAGACAUAAUUUGGCAAGAAUUGCGAAUUUAGGUGGAGUUAACUGGAAUGAACAAUUAUAGAGCAGUGCAACUUGAGAUGCCUAAGACUCUCCAGAUUCUUCCGUUGGAAUUGGGAUGAACUCAAGGCAUACCAUGGUGACAUGGACAGUUCUGUAGCUAGACCUUUCUAUAGACUAAACUGCAGUAUAUUUAGGAACAGAUAGUGGUGGUAAGAAAACUCAAAGUAGUGUUCUAAAGGAUUGGAAGUUUAUAGUGGCUGGUCAGCGUCUGCUGUACCAACUCGUUAACUGAGUGAGAAAACAAUACAAGGCGACGUUAAUUUUCAUGAGGGAAUGCUGCAUGUAUCAUGCAUGUAUGUGUGUUUAAGAACUGCCACAUGCUUGCCCGAUUUGGCGGGUGGAAAAUGUUCUCAGUUACUUACCA